AUGGCUCCGUUGUUAGACAAGAGUCCCUACGAGCCGGUGAAGGACUCAGAAGAGUUUGAGGCUGAGAACAGGGCCCGGUUCACUCAGCCAUCCUACGAAAGGCCUUACCGUCGACUUCGAAUUAUCAAUGUCUUCUUGAUCUUCGCCUUGGUUCUUGCCGUGACCUACGCAGCGUAUGUGCGACUCCAUCCGCAUAGCAACACUGGGAAUGUUCCCCUGCUCGGAUCAGACCCGUUUGGAUUCAUACCUCCAGAAAUUGGCGAACCCAAGGAAUGGAUGUAUUUCGACGAGUCUGACCCCUACUUCAUCCCGUAUGACAUUUUCGACGACGUUGAAAGAGUAGAAGCGAUUGUUGAGAAGCUCAUAGAGUUGGACCACCCCGGAAUUCUGUCUCACGGAAAGAAAACCACGUACAUGGGCUUCGAUAAACAAGUCCACGAACUUCCUCAACAGCCCGCAUACCGUCACAAUCUAACCGAGGAAUUCCCCGUGUAUUUCACUCGCGCGUUCCACCAAAUGCAUUGCAUCGUAGGAAACAAUCCCAACCCCCCCCCUCCCAUUGGGUCCUUGAAACCCCAGAUCCUUAUUACCGACUCGUAUGGCCAUGUGAUCCACGGGCAGGAGAGCAGAUGGGAUAGCGAACACAUUGCUCACUGCGUAAACGUCCUCCGUGAGGCGGUCUCGUGCUUUGCCGAUGCGUCGGUCGCAUCUUUCACUGGCCCUGAAGACCACCACAUCGCGAUGGACCAGAGGUCAUACUGCCGUAACUACAUGGCACUGCGCCAGUGGGCGGACGACCCGGCGAAUGCGGCUCGCUAUGAUAUUGUUGAAAACAUGCUUCCUCAGGAACUGAAGAAGUAUAGCAGCUAG